AUCGAGUAACCUUCAAUAUGCACUGUAGAUGUGUCUCUCUCUCUUUCUCUCUCUGUCUCUUUUUAAACGGAAAGAAAAAAAUGUUUUUUUUUUUUUUUUUUUUUAAUCUCAUUUUGCGCACAUACGCACGAAUCAGAUAAUGUUAAAUUCUUUCGUCGCGUCACGCUUCAACUAAAAAUCAUUUGUUGAACGACAGUUCGUUAUUAUAGCAGUUUGGUACUCUCGGAGGAAUUCCUCCAGAUUGAUCUGGCCUCGUUCGAUAUUCAUCGUUAAUUCGAUCUCUCACAUUUCUACGUGCAUAUGUUAUUAAUUGUGUACACGACCGAACACGCACGAAUUUCGCAAACAACGUCAAUUUGCGAAGUUGUGUAUAUAUGGAGUUAAAAAAAAAAAAAAAAAAAACGGGAGGGAACUCCUUACACUCCGUGCGCAAACUGUCACGAAAGGGUUAAAUGUUGUUUAAAAAACUUCGGUUUAUAUAAAGAGAAAAGAUUGGAUAUACCCAGUAACGUUUCCGAGUCCGAUAUAUUUCACAUCUGAAUGCAAUUAUGCGUUGAAAAGAUGCCAUCCGAAACAAAUGCUAUGUCCAAGCAGGAAGAGGACACAGAGAAAUCCAAUGAGCAGUCCGUUAAUCUAAUGACUUUAAAUUCGACAAAUCAAGAGUCGAAUUUGGCCGCAAAACACAUAGAUUCUCACUUGUCAAACACCAACAAAUGUGACGAAGUACGCGCGUCAGAUCUAAGAACAAAAUUCUUCUACGCAACCGGUUGCGAUGCGGUUUCUUCUUCAAGCGGUUGCUCCGUGACCACGAAUAAUUUGCUGCAAGCAGAGAGUUUGUGUCUGCAAGACGAAACAGCAGACUCAAAACUCGAUAACGAAACUAUACUAGAAGAAAGAACGUCGGAAGAUACAUCGAGAUUAGAUAAGCAAAUUGAAGCGAGCAAUAAGGAUGACGCAGAUACGUGCAAUGAUACAGUACAAAAUUCCAACCACAGAUCGCUUCCUCUCGCCCAUAGAAAUCUCUCCAGAAAGAACUGCUUGUUGACGCAAAAUAUUUCCGAAAUUUGUCACGCCUCGUCAGAAUUAACAGCAAACAACACCCUAGACAAAGUAGUUCACGAUUGCGAGAAACGAAAUAGUAUUACAGACGCGGAAAACUGCAAAGAGCGUAAACCAAAUACAGGAAAUUUGUGUAACAACAACGGUGAUCUUGCAUCGAACGUCAAGCAUAAAUCGGUGCGGGAGGCAUUAUUGAAAAACAACGAUCCCGUUUCGUCAAAUCACAGCGGUCUUGCGAAUAUAUCGUUAAUAAAAUCGUCCAGCGACAAUGACAAAGAUUCGAACAAAGAUCCGGAUAUCAAUUUGUCAACAGAAAACAAAUCAACAUUUCUGUCCGAAGACUCGUCGAGUGCUUCAACCUCGGUACAUUGUACCGACGAGACUGAUAACGCGAAAGGACCUUUAAAUCUAUUAGACAAUAAUAACAAAAAUUCACUUGAAAUUGCGGAUGACAAAAACGAGUCGUUUGUCUCGUCCGAAUCUAUUUGUAAGAUGUCAACGUUGCAAGACGCGGGAUGCAGCAGCUCUUCCUCGCGUUACAGUGAUACCGCUAGUACAAGUAAGCCAUUUAAACUGCCAAUUUUAGAAAAGAUACCGAAAACCGUUCACCCGCCCGAUGUCGAGGAGAACGCGGUUGCGCUCUUAGAGCCGUCGUACGCCAGACAAGACCAAUUAGAGGAAGUUCGUUGCCUAGAUCUGGAGCCUCGUUCGUCGAACAGCAGCGAGGAAAGUAAUUCGGACAUCGAGUCUCAGCAAGCGAGUACAAGUCACAGCGAUAUGAAAAAAAGACAGUGCAGACCUAAUGGAGUUAUAGCGAAGGAGGGAGAUUAUUAUCAGCUUUGGCGCAGCACAGGCGGCCGCACGUCUCCCGAGUCUCUGUACGACACUCUUUAUCCAACGCCGCCGCCGCUCCCACCGAGAGCGACGCAUCGGCCGUUGCACAGAAGUAACGCUUUACCGAGCAGCGCGCCGGAAUUACCUAAGCGACAUCCUCAGAGACAUCCCGCGCCGCUCCAUCCCGAGGAUUGCUUCGGAUUCGAAAUUGUAGACGUCGACGAAGCCAAUCUUAGGUUGAGAACAGCGGUUACCAAGAGCAUCGCGUUACUAAGUUCGCCGAGAUCGCACAGACAACGCGAGAGACCGGAACCGACGUUGCCUAAUCAACUCGAGUGUCCGCCUACGCCUACGCAUCGGCCAAAACCCUUGUGCCCGUUACCCAUAUGCCAAACGUCAAAUGUACCUUUAUCUUCGGAAGAACCUUUACCUCCGUCAUGGGAGGCGAGAAUAGAUAGUCACGGCCGAGUGUUUUAUAUAGAUCACAUCAAUCGCACCACGACGUGGCAAAGACCCAACCUGACGACGCGCAACACCGGUUGCGAUCUGCGUAGACAACAGCUAGACAGACGUUACCAAAGUGUGCGACGCACCAUUUCGCGUCCCGAUAAUAUAGAUCGCGAGACGAGCAGCACAACGAACGGCAAUCCCUUCGAGAGCACCGAGCGACCGAGCGAGCGAACGACCACCGACAGAAGCGAAUCAGAACCGUUCGACAUCACCACGAUACCGCCAGUAUUGUUUUUAACACGACCCGAUUUCUUCACCGUGUUGCACACCAACGUGGACGCGAUGGAACUGUACAAUCGCAAUCCAAGUUUGAAGCACAUGAUCAGCAGAGUGAGAAGAGAUCCGAUAGUUUUUCCGAGAUACGAGCACAAUAGAGACCUGGUUGCCUUAAUUAAUUUCUUCGCCGAUCCGAGCAAAGAGUUGCCGAGAGGAUACGAAUCGAAGCUCGACAGAACAGGCAAAAGAUUCUUCAUAUGUCACGCGAGAAAGGCCACUUCCUUCAUCGAUCCUCGAUUGCCAACCGAACCCGCGCAUUCGCGAACAAUGCUCGAUGAAGCUCCCGUUCCGCCACCCAGGCCGCAGCAAUCGCCCGUGACUGCCACUCCCGACAUACCGGUAGCUUACAACGACAAAGUAGUCGCUUUUCUACGUCAGCCUAAUAUAAUCGACAUUCUGAAGGAGAGAAGUUACUCGAUAGCACAGAAUACCGUGCUGCGGGAGAAAAUUAAUACCAUAAGAGUCGAAGGAACGACAGCGUUGCAGAGACUGAGUCACGACGUCCCUCUGGCAUUAUUGCUGAGUUUAUUCGAACAAGAAAUAAUGUCGUAUGUACCUGGUAGUAUCGGUAGAUCCCCGCUUGGCAGUCCACACGCAUCGCCUGGGCUUACAAGGGCUUCUGCCAGAGCGCCAGCGCCGCACAGGAGGGACUUCGAAGCUAAACUUCGAACGUUUUACCGAAAGUUGGAGAGUAAAGGUUACGGACAGGGACCGGGCAAAUUGAAGUUGCAUAUUAGAAGAGAACAUUUGCUUGAAGACGCUUUUACACGAAUAAUGGCCGCGUCGAAGAAGGAUCUGCAGAAAGGAAAAUUAGUGGUAAUCUUCGAUCACGAAGAGGGAUUGGAUUACGGCGGACCGUCUCGAGAAUUUUUCUUUCAUUUGUCGCGCGAACUAUUCAAUCCUUAUUACGGACUGUUCGAAUAUUCGGCUAAUGAUACUUACACGGUGCAAAUAUCGCCGAUGUCGGCUUUUGUGGACAACUACAACGACUGGUUUAGAUUUUCCGGCAGAGUUCUGGGCCUGGCGUUGGUGCACCAGUACUUGCUUGACGCGUUCUUCACGAGGCCAUUUUACAAAGCGCUUCUGAGGAUACCGGCGAGUUUGAGCGACCUGGAGAGCUUGGAUCAGGAGUUUCAUCAGAGUUUGAUGUGGAUAAAGGAGAAGGACAUAAGUAUCGAACCGUUGGAACUGACCUUCUCGGUGACGGAAGAACUGCUGGGUCGAGUCGCCGAGCGCGAGCUGAAACCAGGCGGAAGAAACAUCCCCGUCACCGAGAAGAACAAGAAGGAGUAUCUCGAGAAAGUGGUGCGCUGGCGUCUCGAACGCGGCGUAGCGGAACAGACGGAUUCAUUAGUGCGCGGUUUUUACGAGGUGGUGGACGCGCGACUGGUGUCCGUCUUCGAUGCUCGUGAAUUGGAACUUGUUAUCGCGGGCGCGGCCGAGAUCGAUCUCAACGAUUGGCGAACGCACACCGAAUACAGAAGCGGCUAUCACGACGCGCAUCCGGUUGUGGAGUGGUUCUGGAGUAGCAUAAGCCGAUUCACUAACGAGCAACGUUUGCGACUGUUGCAAUUCGUGACCGGCACCUCGAGCAUUCCGUACGAGGGAUUCGCAGCCUUGCGGGGAUCCACGGGACCGAGAAAGUUCUGCAUCGAGAAAUGGGGAAGACCGAACAGCUUACCGAGGGCGCACACGUGUUUCAAUCGCCUGGAUCUUCCGCCGUAUCCUACGCCCGAGAUUUUAUACGAGAAGCUGUUGCUGGCUGUUGAGGAAACGAACACAUUCGGCAUAGAAUGAAGCGUCGAGUUUUCGAAUUCCGAUUACAGAGAGUUCGUACAAUCGAUAGAGAAUUUUGACGAAUCGUGCUGAGGAAAAUAGAAGAUUUUAUACCGAUCUCCGCCAAGCCUGUGCAAUUUUUAUGACAAUGCAAUUUGUCUCGCUCGGACAACAAAAUUUAUGGUUUCGAGUGGUUUUUUUUUUUUUUUUUUUUUAAUCCC